AUUUGCAUCGUCAGCAAUCAGCUAGACAAAAUCCUGAGGCUAUUAAUCUCCUUCACAUCUCUCUUCCUUCUCCUCCAAAAAAAAAAAAUCUUUCUCUUCUUCAGAGAAAAUCUGAAUCUCCACUCCUAAAGGUUUCAACUUUGUACAUCUCCGCUCUAUUGAGCCUUCUGGGUCACACCAUUUUCGAUCAAAAUCAACUGGGUUUGAAUCAAAUUUCGGAUUUUUUUUAAUUCCUACUCGUCACUAUUCUCCUCAAAGUUCUCUCCUUUAAGUUUACCAAACACGAAGAUGACGAUCAAAGACGUUACUCCGAUUCCAAAGAGAAGCUCUUCUCCUUCCUCCUCAGACGAUGUUGCUGCUCCGUUAUUGCCCAAAUCUCACGGAGACGAAGUUGCUUACGAUGAGUUCAACGGAGCUUCGUUCAGCGGCGCGGUUUUCAAUCUCGCCACGACUAUUAUCGGUGCUGGUAUCAUGGCUUUGCCCGCGACGAUGAAGAUCCUCGGGCUUGUGCUCGGGAUUGCGAUGAUUGUUGUCAUGGCGUUCUUGACCGAUGCGUCUAUUGAGUUCUUGCUUAGGUUUAGUAAGAUUAAGAGGAGCAGGUCUUAUGGUGGGCUGAUGGGUGAUUCUUUUGGGAAGCCUGGGAGGGUUUUGCUUCAGGUUGCUGUGUUGGUUAAUAACAUUGGUGUUUUGAUUGUCUACAUGAUCAUCAUUGGUGAUGUGUUGGCUGGAAAGACGGAGGAUGGGACUCAUCAUUAUGGUGUGCUUGAAGGAUGGUUUGGUCACCAUUGGUGGAAUGGAAGAGCUGCUAUUCUUCUCAUUACUACUCUUGGUGUGUUUGCUCCUUUGGCUUGCUUCAAGCGAAUUGAUUCUUUGAGAUUUACAUCUGCUCUAUCAGUGGCUCUCGCGGUCGUGUUUCUCGUCAUCACAGCGGGGAUUUCGAUCAUGAAGUUGAUCAGUGGUGGCGUGGCGAUGCCGAGAUUGCUACCGGAUGUUAGUGACUUAACAUCCUUCUGGAAUCUCUUCACUGUUGUACCUGUUCUUGUCACCGCGUUCAUUUGCCAUUACAAUGUUCACAGCAUACAGAAUGAGCUUGACGACCCAGCUCAGAUAAGACCAGUAGUCCGAUCAGCUCUCAUGCUCUGCUCAUCAGUGUACAUAAUGACAAGCAUUUUCGGGUUCCUCUUGUUCGGUGACGAUACUCUUGAUGAUGUCCUUGCAAACUUUGACACAGAUCUCGGCAUCCCUCUUGGUUCUGUCCUUAACGAUGCGGUUCGAGUCAGCUAUGCGCUUCAUCUUAUGCUGGUGUUCCCCAUUGUUUUCUACCCGUUGAGGAUUAACAUUGACGGCCUCUUGUUCCCUUCUGCUCGACCAUUGACUACCUCGAAUGUAAGGUUCGGUUGCCUCACUGCAGGUCUCAUCUCUGUAGUCUUCUUGGGAGCAAACUUCAUCCCAAGCAUUUGGGAUGCUUUCCAGUUCACUGGUGCAACUGCUGCUGUUUGUCUCGGCUUUAUCUUCCCAGCUUCUAUUAUACUAAAGGAUCGUCAUGGCAGAGCAACAAGCAGGGACACGACCUUAGCUGUUUUCAUGAUUGUUCUUGCGGUGUUGUCCAAUGCAAUCGCUAUUUACAGCGAUGCUUAUGCGUUGUUCAAGAAGAACGCACCUCGUGAGUAAAUGUGCAGUUUUUGGUGUGUUCUUGGAUUAAAGAAACCAAAGCGUUUAUUCAUCUUCUCUACUUGUGUAAAAUAAUAGUAAUAAUCAAGAAGACGGGACUUAUCUUCUCUAUGUGGUUGUACCAUUGUUGUUUUAAAGAGGACUUUUGAUUGCUUCUGGUUUGUACCAGCAUGAGUGUUGCUUGUAGAAGCUAUGUAUACAAAAUGCAAAUGUAAUGAAGAUACCUGUUUGGUCUAUAAUA